AUGGUGUUCUACUUCAAAGCCCGUCCCGAAGCCGGUGACUACGUCAUAUUCAUGGGACUAGACAAGUAUGAGAACGAAGAGCUCAUCAAAUACGGCUUCCCCGAAGAUAUCUGGUUUCAUGUGGAUAAAAUGUCUUCAGCCCAUGUUUAUGUGAGACUGCACAAGGGUCAGACUAUGGAUGACAUAUCUGAAGGCUUACUGGAAGAUUGUGCUCAAUUAGUCAAAGCAAAUUCCAUUCAAGGAAACAAGGUGAACAAUAUUGAUGUUGUUUACACCCCUUGGCAAAAUUUGAAGAAGACUGCUUCCAUGGAUGUUGGCCAAGUUAGUUUCCACAAUUCAAAAAUGGUCCGUACUGUGAGAGUGGAGAAGCGAAUAAAUGAGAUUGUUAAUAGAUUAAACCGGACAAAGGUGGAAAGAACACCUGAUUUGAAAGCUGAGCGAGAGGCAGUUAAUGCAGCUGAAAGAGCAGAGAGGAAACAACAACUGCGAGAUAAAAAACGAAGGGAGGAGAUAGAGAGGCUUGAAAAGGAGAGACAAGCAGAGGUAAGAAGCUACAAAAACUUGAUGGUAGCUGAGAACAUGACAUCGAAUAAAGAGAUAGCAUCAACCAGCAAGUCAUUACAAGAACUGGAGGAGGACUUCAUGUGA